AUGCAGAACAUGGAGCAGGCAGAAAACAAGGAGGCAGCGAAGCAGGCAUGGUUCCCGUUGGGAAACCUGGUUGCAACAAGAGUGGUGACACCGUUUCUGCCAAAUUCGGUAAUUGAGAAGGUAAGCGGCACAGAGUCCUCAAAACGGCACUUGCUGCACCAUUUCCACAACGUGUACCCCGGGGACACCGUGUACGUGUUCGAGACGACCGACCGGGCCGGGGACAUCAACGCUGCGAAGUGGGUUCGCGGCUACAGCACCUCAGAACCGGUUCCGGCGGAUUAUUUGGCGGCAUCGACGAGUGCCGGGCUAUCGAGGCUCCCGGAAAGCCACAUCCACACGGUUGUUGUUCCGCGGUCGUGCGUCCAGGUGAGGCGGAGGCUGCAGAGGAUCGAGACGGGCGCGGAUUUGCCGAUCGAGAGGGUUGAGUCGUGUGAGACGGAGAAAUCGGCAAAAACAGGAAAAUCAACCGAUGGCGCGACGAUUGACGCAGUGGGUACCGGUAGAACGCAGCACACGGAUGCCCAGGACGCGUGCAACGUGUCGGCGUCGUCAGACUUGUCGGAUCUCUCGUACAACGACGAGGUUUCGUCGAUUUCGUCGAUGACGUCAUCGUCUUCAACGGCGUCAGAUGCCGCCGGAAGGCAGAAACGGCCGCAGUUGCCGCUGGCAGCGUUUGCAGCCGACACUAUUGAGGACGAGGUUUGCUUGGAGAUGAAGAUCCUAUCGAAAAUCAUCUUCUCUGUGUACACGGAGAACGAUUUGGAGUUUUUUGGAAAGUUGGUGAAGAUCUUUGAGGAACUCGACCAGAUUCGGGUGAAUCUGUGCCACAAUUUCCUUACGCGGUACGAGCAGAAGCUGACGCACAAGAAGGCGGUGAUGCUUUUCAAUCGGACGGCUAAGUUGCUUGCGUCGUCUGGCGGGCGCAUCAACAAGCGUAGCGUCGACGCGAGUGGCGGCGCGCAUGGCGGCGCGCUGGGCGCUACUGCCGCGGGUGCGCACGUGGCCUUGCGCUCGCGCAAGUUCGCCGAGUACCUGAGCUCCAAGUUGGCGUCGUCAACCGCCAUAAUGGCGCGCGACGAGAAUUCUGCCGAGAUGUUUAGCGCAGCCGACCCUGCGCGGGUUGCGCAGAACCAGGUCUUGGAUGCGCUCUCCCCCAACUACCCUCUCAUGAUUGACAGAAUGCCGUUUUUACCGGAGCGCAACUCCGACUUCGAGGCGCCGCAGCCGUCCAACCUUCUCAUCGACUUCAAAGAGGUCAGUGGGUCGUCCGGGGUCGUUUCGCGCGGCUAUGACGGCAUGAGCGCACUGAUGUACCUCCGCACGUCGAAAAGACGAUUGACGCAGGCCUUUUCGGUCUCGAUUGGUCGUGGACAGGCCGUUUUCUUGGAUAAUCUGUCCGCAGCUUUGUACUCAGACAUUCCUGCGUCAGUUUUGGACCACGGGAAGAUCUACUUGGUUGCAAUUUUGACGGAGAACAUCCGGCUGGACGGACAGACGGCGGAUACGGGAGGCGCAUCAGCGCCUGCGCCCGCCGCUUCAGCGCAACAGGCGGAGCGCAACCGGCGCCCUGGCGCACCCAUGGUGAUCGACCACCUCCGCGAGAUCCGCAAGGGCAUCUGCGCUGGCGCCGUCGACAUCUCGCGGGUGUUCUCACGCAAGAAGGGCCACCUCACGUCGGGCGAGGCGCACCGGUUCGUCAUCAAGCUGUUCUCGUCGUACAUGCCUGCAUCGAGCGCAGGGGGUGCGCAGCCUAGGCGCGGUAAGGACACCCUCCCGGCAGACGGCACCGCCGCACAGACUGCGCUCGGCGGAUCCCCGGACAACCCGGCGCUUUUCGCCGCCAUGAACAAAAAGAUGGCCAUGUCGCUUGCGCUGCAGAACACAGGCUGGGGCCAGCUCGUCGACCGUAUCAUCACAGGGUCAGACAAGGGAAUCGCCGUGAAUCCCCGCGCAGAGACCUUGGUGUUGUCCAUCAAGGAGCUCCGCGAAGAGAGUGCGCUGGACGAAGCGCCGGUGCCAACCGCAGAAUCCGCAGGCGCAUCUGCGGAGGUGGACGCGUUAGCGCAGACCGGCCCGCUCUCCUUCGACCAGCAGUUCUACACCCCAUUGCACCGCGCAUCCACAGAGGUGUCGUCGCUGUCGAACGGCGCAGCCACCAAUGCGCUCGCUUCCGUCGGCAUCUUGGAUUUCAAUCCGUAUGCGCCGGUUCCAGAGCUGGUGUACUUGCGCGUGUCGCGCUUCAAAGAUCUGGGCAUCUCUUUUGCCGCAAGAACGUUUCUUACCGUGACUUGCCGCGCCUCGUCGCCGCGCAUGCGCUUUGCGUCCGGUCCAAACGACGCCAGCCAGCCAUCAUGGCAGUUUCUCACGGUUGCGCCGGGUGAAAGCUUAGAUGAGGUUGUCCAGAUUUCCGGAAUAGGCAAGGCCUGCGCAGCCAAGACCGACAGCUUGAUAUUCGAUGUUUACGCAAACGGUUUCCACAUUGGAAGCGGCAAAUUCCUCCUGCGCGAUGGCGAUAGGGUGUACGAUACGGGAUUAUACCAGAAGCAGAUGCAGAGUGUGGAUAUUGUGGGCAAGGGAAGUAGUGGGAUUGCUGUUUUGGAGGUUGCGCUACAGUAUGUAGGCACGUCCUACAACAUGGACCCUGCUGCGCGAGAGGUGUUGUCGUGGCGGGGCGCAGGUGGAAGCGCAGGCGCAGGCGCGGGUGCGGGUGGCGCCGCAGACCUCCCUGCGCUGAUGAAGCGCUUCCGGCGCUGCGACUCCGCAACCAUGUCGCGCUUCUUUGCGCAGUUGCUGCUCGAGCUCCUGGCAAUGCUCGAGUGUGCGCCAGACGCAGGCCAGGGCGCCGUCUUCGAGUCGAUCGUCCACAUGCUCGACGUGACGAUCGCGCGCCACAACGACCAGGCUGUGCUAUUCGACCGCUUUUUCGCCGAGUACCGGGGUGGAAUGCCGCGUGUCGGCGAGCGCCUGCUUGCGCUGCUGACUGUGCACUUUGCGGGCUUUGCCGCACACUGGGACUCGACGGGCCGCGCGCUCUGCCGCACCUCUGUGCUCGUGCUGCGCCUUGCGGAUGCGUCCCUGCGCCGGCGCGCCGACUUCGCUGCGCUCGGCUAUCGCUUCGUGGACGCUAUUGCCGCGUUCCUCGCCUCGCGCAAGGAGACUUUUAUCACUGACCAGCUUCUCGUGCUUAAGACUCUUGAGCUCUACCUCGACGUGUUGGCGCGCAGUUUCCAGGUGGCGGAACUCGCGUCGUUUGCAGCGUCCUGGAUUGGCGCCACCGGGUUGCGCGGCCUUGCAUCGCUCCCCGAUGAUAGCGCCAAUGCGCUUGUCAACCGGCGCAGGGGGCGCGAGCAUUCUGUGCUCAUCACGAAACUUUUGUUUAUGCGCCGGCUCUUGCACGGCUUUAUCAUGCGCCAGGGCACUCCCGCAUCGAGGCAGUUGCUCGUGGUGUCUUGCUUUAAGAUUGCGUACCGUGUGUUGAUGAACCCGACGGUGGACUUGGAGUGCGCGCGGCUUGCGCUCGGCGUGCUGCUUGCGGUGCCGUAUGCGGAAACAGGGGGUGCGCCAGACAGCGGCCAUGCGCAUGCGCACUCGCGUACACAUGCACACGCAAACGUGCUUGCACCUGGCACCGCCAUCGCGCUCUUCCGCUCGUUGCCGUUCUUGUGCCGCGCAUUCAACCGCUUCCAUGAACACCUGGCGCACUCCGGCGCGCUCGGCCGCCCCAAGCGUACGUACACGCAGCUCUUCCCGAUCUGCUACCCCUUCACGCGGUACACCAUGGACUCGAUUGUCACAGAUGAGAUGUUUUCUGAGGUGUUGAUCGAGCUGGCGGUUGUGUUCUGCAGCUUUGUGCGCGUGGCGCAUGCGCGCGCGGACUCGAUCCGGCGCUAUGCGGAGGACCCCGGCGCGUUCGAGGCGCAGUCCGCAAUCUUUGCGCCCUUGGACGAAUUUUUGGGUGCGCCCGGCGUGGUGUCCCUCGCGUCGCCCGAUGCCCUCGGCGAAACCGUCACUGCGCUCCGCGCCAUGCUCUCCGCCCGGUACUUCCCGGGCACCCGGUGGAUUUCACUCGAGGCGUUGGUGGUGAGUGGCGUGGGACAGGCGAUAGAAUUAUUUGGGGAUAUGAGUCUCGGAAGUUUAGUGGUGCCUAUUUUAGGAAAUAAUUUAGGAACCCCUUCGGCAAGUAGUUUGGGGGUUGCCUCAGGUACUCCUUCAGGGGAUAAUUUAGUUUCGAGGGAUAAUUUGGUUUCUUCGAGGGAUAAUUUAUCUUCCUCAAGGGAUAAUUUAAUUUCUUCAAAGGAUAAAUUGAUUUCCCCCGCUAACUCACCCGCCCUCACCGCGAAACUUCUCGCGUGCUUCCUCCUCUCGGCCACCGCGCGCCCUGUCGCUCUCGAGCACCUCGCGGAGAUCCCCCGCAAGGGCUGCCUGAAGCUCACCGGGGAUUCGCGGGGGCCCGCGGCCGCAUUUUUCGAGCACCUGUGGGACGCUAUCGGGCUCCCCGCGGGCGACCAGGACAAACAGAGAUUCCACGUCCGGCGGUUCGGCGGAAUGCAAAGCUCACUGAUCGAGCAGCAGCCUGCAGACACAGCCGUGGAUUUCCUCACGUUUCUCUUCGCCCUCUGCAUGCAGCACAACGCCAAAUGCAAGCAGGUCGGCCUCGACGCCGUCUGGUCGAUCGUCGCGUCGGAAAUCGUCGCCGCCGAGAACUCCGCCGCGUUGCAGCCAACAUCGGACCAACAGGGUGACGAUCUGUUGUUUGUGUUGGAGCAGCGGUCCGUCACCGCCUUGUACGACUUGUUUGAGAGCCGGCCCUGCGGUUAUGUGCCCCGGACAGCGGACAUUCGGGAUUUCGCCGAUGGGUUGCGAGAAAUGCUACUGGAGAGACUGGACCGCGAGGACGUGGCACGCGCGUCGGUCGACCGCUACGUGACGACGAUCGGCGCGUACCUCGAUAGCUUCGUCGGGCUUGGGUCGAUUCCGGACGACCCGGAAUUCGACGACGACCGCACAUUCUACAAGAUCCGGAUUUCCGGGUUCCUCAUGGACGUCGAUCGACCCGAGCUCUUCCAGUCGUUCGUGUCGCAGAUGUACGCGUCGAAUCUGGACAAGGGCAACCACGCACAGGCGGCGCUCUCGUUGCAGCUCCUCGCGGACACGUACGACUGGUCGAUCGACGCGUACAUCGACGCGUCGACGCGCCCGAACCUCCCGCGGCAGACGGUGUUCAAGCGCAAGGCGGAGCUCUACAUGUUGAUAGCGAAGGAGUUUGCACGUGCCGGCAAGCACGUGCAGGCCAUCGAGGUGUACGAGUCGCUUCUCGAUGCGUACGAGAAGUACAAUUUCGAUUUGGACGGACUUAGUGCGUGCCACGGGCAGCUUUCGCGGCUCUAUGCGGAGUACCAGCACGUCGAUCGACUCGACCCGACGUUCUUCAAGGUGAGUUUCAUAGGCUCCGGGUUCCCGGAGUCGUUCCGCAGCAAGCAGUUCAUAUAUGAGGGUCUUCCGUACGAGCACAUCUCUUCUAUCAGUGGCCGGUUGACCCGGCUUUAUCCGGGAUCCCGCGUUGUUGGCAAUGAUGAGGAGGCUGCCAAGCUUCUUGUGCUAGCACAGCCUCCGGUGGGACGGUAUUUGCACGUGAAGAUAGUGAAGCCGCGUGGGGGGAGUGGGAUUGGAGGAAGCGGAAGUGGAAGGAGUGGAAUUGGAGGAAGUGGAAAUGCAGGAAGCGAAAAAUUAAGCGAAAGUGAAAACGAAAGCGAAACUGAUGAAACCGAUGAAACUGACGAAACUGAUGAAAGUGAUUGCGACAGCUUCGCAACAGAACUCACAGACUCCAGCUCAACAAUCCAAACUUCGCACUUGAGCAGCAUGGAAUCGUCGCUGGCCAAACAGCAGACAUCGCAGGCAGCACAGCAGUUUUCGGAAUGCAAAGACCUCAACACGUUCGUGUCCAGCCGCCGGCUUCCCGGCAGCAAGUCCGCACUCACCCUUUGGACCGAGGAGUCGACGUUCACGACGUGCCUGACGUUCCCGACGCUGAUGAACCGGUCGGAAAUCGAGCGGACGCAGACCGUUCGGCUUUCGCCGAUCGAGAAUGCCAUCCGCAGCCUCUCGCAGAAGCAGGACGAACUCGAGUCGAUCGAGAUGCUCAUCGAGCAGAAUCUGCGGGAUGGUGCGUCGUUGAAGUCGAUCGCCGCAAGCUCCAUGUUCGAUAACCUGUCUCGGAUCCUCGCCGGGUCCGUCGACUCGCCCGUCAACGGCGGAAUGGGCCAGUACCGGGAGUUUUUCGCCCGGGACAACGAGCAGCAGCUGGCCACGGCCAACCGGCAGCCCUUGCGCCGCUACCGGGGCCUUGCCCGGGGGCUACGCCGUCGCCUCCACCGCCUUGUCGCCCUGCUCUGCCGCCUGUUGAAGCUCCACGGCAUGAUUGUGCCCGCGGAACUCCACCCGCAGCACCAGGCCAUGCUCGAGCUCUUUGCCGCCAACUUCCACGGCGAGAUUGCCCACCUGCACCUCGACGUUUUCACCCCGUACGACUACCACAAGCUGCUGCGUACGCUCACCGUGUCCUCGGACACUUCUGGCGGAACUGGCUCCUCCCUGGGGGCCUCCCGGUCCCGUCGCCGGGCUCUUUUCAGCCCCACCGGGCCCGCCUACGGCGCAGCCUCCUCCUUCGCCGCCUCCUUCGCCCGCCGCCGCACCAGGGGCUCCCGCAGGGGCCACCACGGACCCACCAGGCCCUCUGCCCCGUCCUCCGCGGCAGCUUCCCUCAACGCCGCCUCCACCGCCCCCUACGACCCCAGUACGACCCACGCAGCUCCCGUAUCGGCUCCGCCUCCUUCUACAACGACGGCCCCGACCAGGGGCUCCUACCAAGGGGGAAGC